AUGAGUGAUAACGAAUAUGAUGAGACACCUUCUCCUGUUGCUACAGUGAUUGUACGACGACAGUGUUUUCCCCGUGUUCCACCCGAAUUACUGUUAAGAGAACACGCGGCAAGAUUUCGUUUGACGGGUCUCACGAUGGCAUCACUAUUAGAAGCCGUUACUCCACGUGUGUAUAGUGCCGUACCGCCUUUUGUGGCACAGACAGAUCUUAGUGGUGAAGUCAAUCACGAGUUUAUUGAUGUUUUACUAAAGGAAAUGAGGAAAAUGCCAACAGUUUCACGGGAAAAUAUUAAGGAAUCAAGUAUUACAAGGAGAAAAAUUCCUCACGAAGAAGAAGAUGUGAAAGGACCUUUAGGAACAAUAAAAUCGCAUCCUAAAUCAUUAAAUACUACACUUGGAGAAAAAGUGAAUGUACAAGAUGAUGAUGAUGAUGUACCAUUUAUAUUUGAAGAAGCUAGUCCCUCUCGCAUCACUGCCACUGGAAUUGUAAGAAGAAAAGGUAUUGUGGUUGAUACGGCAGAUACCAGUGGAGAGAGUAUAAGUAAUCCUCGUAUGUCUACUAAACUUGAAACAACCAUACAUGAUUCUGAAUUAGAGGAACGUGAAAUUUUAUGGGGAUAUGAUAGUGGAGCAGUGGUACAUGUAACUUUACGAACCUUUGCUCUUGAUCUUCAGGUAUUACGACAAUAUGAAACUUUACAGCCAAUGAGUCGUCGUCGCCGUCGUAGUAGUACUACUAGCCCAAUACAAGUUGAUGGGAGAGAAGGAGAUAUCAAUGAAGACGCCAGUUAUUGUUCUAGUAGUAUACUAUUUGAGAGAGAAGGUUCUACUGUAAAAUCUGGAAAAGAUGCAGAUGAACAUGAUGAUAUGAUUGAUAUUAUGAAAGAACGAGCCCCAUAUGGUGUUUCACUUUUAGGAUAUCAUCCUGUUGGACCUGUUUGUUGUUUAGUGUAUGAUACUAUUAAUGAUCUUGCCAUUUCUGGAGGAGCUGAUGGUUCAUUAUUUGUAUGGGAUUUACAUCAACGAUAUAGAGCAGGAUAUCGAGACCGUCAUGUAAAUGAAGAAGAAUUACGACAAAUGCGUCCCACACAACAAUUCUCUACAUAUGUUAAAACACGAAGACUCAUACAACGUCUUCGUUAUGCUCAUAAUGGUGCUAUUAGUACUCUUUCGACUCACUGUGAAUUAUUACUUAGUGGUGGUGUAGAUGGAACUGUAAAAGUGUGGCAAAUUGAACAACCACACAUUCGUCCUUUUUCCUCUGGACCACCACAAUAUGUUGAAAGACAAGUUUUUCGCUGCCGUGGAUGGGUUAGACACAUUUGGUGUGCUUCUGAACGUAAUGUACAGGGUGAUGAUAUAUAUAUUACUAGUGAAAGUGGUGAUAUUACAUGUCUUAAAGGUUCUACAGCUUCACAACAGCCAAUUGUACAAUCUCCACGAGGACGACAUAAUAUUCUCUUAGAUGCUCUUCGUAAAUCAGGGAGUCCAAUCAUCCCUCCCUAUAUUGGUAGUAAGAGACGGAUUAAAACCUCUGUACAGUUUCCAACACUUAACUCUCUUGUAAAAGCAAAAAAGAAUGAAGAUGAGGGUAUACUUCCAGAUUUAUCACCUAGCGAAAAUAAAGCGUUUAAACUUCUUAAUAAGGGUCUUAUUUCACGAGCCCUGCGUAAAACUCGAACAUUACAAACUAUCAGUGAAGAAGCACGUUUGGUAAGUACCGUUGGUAAUAGGUCUACUGUUCGAGAAGAGAGUACAAGCGCUAUUACAAGAAUUAUACCUCUAGCAGAGCGUAAUCUCUUUAUUACUGUAGGAUAUAGUUCAAUAGUACGAUUUCUUGAUAUGAGUCGAAGAAGUUUAGCAGGAGUAGUAGAACAUCCUUAUCUUUCUGCUGCACGUGAAAAGGGUAAAGGAAAAGGUAGUGGUAGUGGUAAUCAUCAGCCAAAUUCAAUGAAAAAAGAAUCAAAUGAUGGAGAUGGUGAAGAUGUACAAUUUAAAACAAAUAAAAAUGGUACUUCUCUAUUGGCUAGUUUUGGUGGUACUUCUCAUGGUCCAAUAUCUGGUAAGAAUGAAGCAUUGCGUUUUAUUGAUGUCUUGUACGUUUCAUCUUGUGAUUAUCUUAUUUUAUUAGAUAAUCGUAAUACUGUUUUUGUAUGGGAUUAUGCUGAAAAGAAAAUAUUGACCUCUUGGGUUGUUCCUCAAAUGAAUGAAGGUGGAAAAAAUAACGUGGCUUUAUCUCUAUUACCAUGUGGUACACGUCAUUAUGAAAAUAGUUUUUUUCGUAGUAAGAAUCGUAUACAACGUCGAACACUUUAUAGGCCUCAACGACGUAUAGCCUGUUAUUAUCAACGUUCAAAUGAGACGGAAAGAGAUGUUAACAUAGAUGAUGAUUUAGCAGGUGUUAUUAGAAUUCCAUUCUUUGUUGUAUGUAGUAAGAGUUUAGAGUUAUGUGAUGUUGUGGUGGAAUCUCACGCACGAUUGGAAUUUCAAGCACAUCAAGAUAACAUUGUUGGAAUCUUUAUUCGUCCAGAUCCUCUUUCAUCACCUCCAAAGGAUAAUCAUAUGAAGAAGGAAACUUCAGUAAAAGCUGCUAUUGUUGUGGAAAAAUCUGAAUCUCUUAUGAAAGAAACAUUAGCUACCGCAGAUAAUACGACUGAUAAAAAAAGUGAAUAUAAUGAAGAAAUUAGGAACCCUAAUGUUGGUAGUGAAAAAGGUGAGACAAAGUUACAUAAUAACCAAGAUAUAUCUCUACGAUUUCAAAAGUCAUUUGGUAAAACAGAAGAUAGUAAUCGUCUUCGUGUCUUAUCUUGUUCUGUAGAUGGUACUAUUCGUUUUUGGGGAAAUAUGUUUGAACCACUUCGUUCAUUUGAUCAUAAAUCAAUUGCUAAGAAAAAUGCAAGAUAUUGUACAACUACUAUUCAUAAACCAGUUUCAUCUGGUGAUACAAUUUCCCCUUUUGAUGCACCACCUCGUAUCUUAAAAGAUAAGAGAACAGGUGAAAUAAUUGAGGUUGAAAAUGAUGGUUGUGAUGAUACAACAAGUUUUUAUUAUAGUUCUCGCUGGAAUUUAGCUAUAACUGGACAUGAUGAUGGUAGUAUACGUUGUUGGCCUUGUAAUCAACAAAUGAUAACAUUUGUAUGGCAUAAACGAAUUCAUCGUAAUGCAGUUUCUGGACUUGUGGAAGCUCGUAUUGGAAAGACAGAGAAACAAAGACGUACAGAAAUUCUUCAAGGGAAAUCUCUUGUAGAUGUUUCUGGUCAUAAAUUUAUUGAAUUACUUGCCACUGUAUCGUAUGAUGGGUAUUUAGCGGUGUGGGAACGACCGGAACAGGCAAAGAUGCAGUUAUUUGCACGUACUCGUGUGAGUUCGAAUGAGUUACUUUGUGUGGCUUUUGAAGAAAUAAAUGAAUUAUUUAUUGUGGGUGAUAAUAGUGGGGCAGUGAGUUCUUGGAAUGCACGGGAUUUGGAACCACGAUGUAAAAUCCCUUCACGACCAACAUCACCCUGGCGACCAGUCACCACAACCAAUUUCGCUUCAACAAUCUCUAACAUCUCCCCAUCAGGUACGAGAAGUGAUGAUGGUAGCGCUGUUAGUUCUAUAAGAACAAAACGAGUUGGACAUAAAGAGGCGGUGACGGCUCUUCUUGUGGAUGGAAAUCUCGUUUUCUCCGGUGGUGAGGAUGGACGUGUUUUUCUCUGGGAUCUUAACUUUGGAGUUCUAAUACGGGAAUACUUUCUUCUUCACGACACAGAGGCUAUUGGAAUACACCGACAACGUCGAAAGAAGGAAAGUAUUCCAAAGAUGUAUGAUACCGCAAUGUAUAGUAAUGAGAGUAAUUCUCGUAUCAUUAAAACUACUAAUCCAACUAUGGGGGAAGAAAAUAUGCCGCGGUUUUCAAGUGAAAAUGUUACUUGUAUUGUUUUAUUAAAACGUCGUCGCGGUGAUUUUCUAGUUGCUACCCGUGAAGGUUGGAUUUAUCACUUUAAACAAAAUGAAUCUUAUCCUUUUUCUACAUAUGAGCAUAAUUCUUCUAUUCGAUGUAUGUGUGUUUUACAAGAAGGUUGGGAAAGUGAAGAAGAAGAAAGGGAAGCAAAAGGAAGAGAUAAUUAUGUAGGAAGAAGUUCAGAGAGUAGAAGUGUGGAACUUACAGGGCUUUUUCUUCGAACCACUGAUCUUGCAUUUGAAGUGGCCCUUGGGUGUGAAAAUGGAAAAAUAGCUGUAAUAAGAGAAGCUUAUUUUUCAGCUACUGUGUGA